GUUAGAACGUACGUAAAUAACAAUAUUCGGACUUGAUCCGACAGCGGGCAGAUCUGCAGGACUGCAUUGACAUGAUGUCCGAAUCGCAGUUCCUCCACUAUAUACUACGUGGAUCAAUAGCCUCACUAGUUGAUCCACUGGCCGUGCGCGCCACAUUCAAUGGUCGAUUUAUAUGUAUCUCUCCCUUCAUCAAACCUAAAGCAUCUUAUCCCUCUCUACCUCUUCUUCUUGAUAACUGGGGGACAUAUUCUAUUGCCAGUCAUCAUCACUACUGCCCUACUCCAUAGGAAGUUGUGCUGGCAUCCAACCUUAAUAAAUCUGUGCGUGACGUGCGUGUGCUACUCGAUAAUACACUGUCUCUAUCUAUACACAGGGGAAGACGUCCAUCCUCGCUACCAAACAGUGUGUACAGUUCAAGCAGCGAUGAUAUACGGAGCUGCCCCAAUGGCCACCGUUGCGGUUGUCGGCGUCGCUAUCCAUACCUGGAUAACUAUUCAAAACUUUGAACACCACUUUGCUGAGAAGUUCCCUCGGUGGCUUUGCAGGUUCCUAAUAAUAUCACCGCCGUAUAUCGUGUUCGCAGGGUUUUCAAUCGGUGCAUCGAUUUUAACAAAACUACACAAGGCCUCCGCACAACCGUUUAAUGGUCUUUUCUGCACGUCUUAUGUGCACUCCUUAGCAUUGGCAGUUCCAGGGUUCUGUGUCGCGAUGAUGGCAUCGGUAUUAUGUUUUGAAGCUGCUAUCGCCAUCCAAUAUUACCAUAGAUGGAAACGUAUCAAGAAUUCGUUCCCGCUCCUAGCGCCUAGGCGACCUUCAACCGCAUUCAUUUUCAGAGUUGGCCUGUUUUGCUUGUAUUCGUGGGUGGCUCUAAUGGCAGCCAUUAUAUUUUUGACCAAGCAGCCCAUAGCUGGGACUUAUUAUAUGAUCCCUGCAGCUUUCCCUUUGGCCUCAGCACUCGUGUUUGGAUUACAAAAGGAUAUGCUCUACGCUUGGCUCCCUUGUCUGCGUACGCAGAAGCUGGCUGGAGCAGCACCAGAGAUACCGAAUGCUCGUUCUGCUCCCUCAAAUUCAUUACUGCACGCCACUUCAGUUGAGCCAUAGCAGACGAGACUCGCGUGUAUUUGUCUCAAGCACACAUUCGUCAUUGUGCGUUACACGCAAAGUGACUUA